GUUUUUUUCUCCGCUCUAGUCUCGAGCCACUACAACACAAAACACCACCGUCUGUUUACAGUCUCUCUAGAAGCAGCGGGCGGACAACACCAUUUUACAGGCAUUAUUUUUUUUAUUUAAUUCCUCUGUUCUUCUUCGGAGCCCGAGACUGUCUGGGAUCACAGCACAUACAACGGCAGAAAAAAAAAUAUUUUUGUUUGAAUUUUGAGAAGUCUCAACACCUGCCUUUGUUAGCAAGUUAGCCUCGCGUGUCCUUAUAGAAGCUCCUCAUCCAUUAUUCUGUUUUUUUAUUUAUUUUAUUUAAUAAUUUAUUCAGUCAGACAGCAGUUGUAGCUAAACCUGUGCUAACGGAGCAGCUCUUUGUUCGUGCCUCGGAGAAAAAACACACCAGCACCGCCAAGAAAGCAAGCCAUACAGGAUUGGAAUGACAUGAGGUUGCAGUGAUGAUGAGGAUGAUGAUGGUGAUGAAGAGGAGACAGAGCUGAGAGCUGAGUGUGUGUGGUGGUGUUGCGUUCACAUUGGGAGCGGAAAGAACCCCCUCCCCCACACACACUGCAUCCAUGUUCUCCCCCGACCAGGAAAACAUCUCCACGUCGUCAACCAAAGUGCCAGUCAAAUACGGAGAACUCAUUGUGCUCGGGUAUAAUGGCUCUCUGCCCAAUGGGGACCGCGGCAGAAGGAAGAGCAGGUUUGCACUCUUCAAAAGACCCAAAUCCACCGGUGUCAAACCCAGCACUGUACACGUAGCCUGCACCCCUCAGGCGGCCAAGGCCAUAAGUAACAAGGAUCAGCACAGUAUUUCCUACACGUUGUCCCGAGUACAGACGGUGGUGGUGGAGUACACUCAAGACAGCAAUACAGACAUGUUUCAGAUUGGCCGCUCAACUGAGAGUCCUAUAGAUUUUGUGGUGACCGACACGGUUCCCGGGAGUCAGAGUAACUCUGACACUCAGUCAGUUCAGAGCACCAUAUCUCGCUUCGCAUGCCGGAUCAUGUGUCAGCGAACGCCCCCUUACACCGCCCGCAUCUAUGCCGCCGGAUUCGACUCUUCCAAGAACAUCUUCCUAGGGGAGAAAGCAGCGAAGUGGAAGACAUCGGAUGGACAGAUGGACGGUCUGACUACUAACGGUGUGUUAGUUAUGCACCCUCGUCACGGUUUCACAGAGGACUCCAAACCCGGCGUGUGGAGAGAGAUUUCAGUGUGCGGAAACGUGUUCACCCUGAGAGAGACGCGCUCUGCUCAGCAGCGAGGGAAAAUGGUGGACAAUGAGACUCAAGAGUUGGUGGAUGGCUCUUUGAUCGAUCUCUGUGGAGCAACUCUCUUGUGGCGUACCGCUGAGGGUCUUUCCCGUACCCCCACUGUCAAACACCUGGAGGCGCUCCGGCAAGAGCUGAAUGCCGCUCGUCCCCAGUGUCCCGUGGGUUUCAACACCCUCGCCUUCCCUAGCAUGCGGAGGAAGGACAUUGUUGACGAGAAGCAGCCCUGGGUCUACCUAAACUGCGGCCACGUUCAUGGCUACCACAAUUGGGGCAACCGCGACGCAGAGCGAGACGGAAGGGAGGGCCGGGAGCGGGAAUGUCCCAUGUGUCGCGCUCGCGGGCCCUAUGUGCCGCUGUGGCUGGGCUGUGAAGCGGGAUUUUAUCUGGAUGCAGCCCCUCCCACUCAUGCGUUCAGCCCUUGCGGCCACGUGUGCUCAGAAAAAACAGCAGCAUAUUGGAGUCAAAUCCCUCUUCCUCACGGAACACACACCUUCCAUGCCGCAUGUCCUUUCUGCGCCCAGCAGCUCAGCGGUGAGCAGGGAUACAUUAGACUGAUCUUCCAGGGGCCCGUGGACUAAACACACCUGCCUAUGACCUUUUGCCCCAGUAACCCUAAUUGACAAACAUUAGUCAGGUGUUUCUUUCUGUUGUUCCUAUAAUUUGAUUUUAUAAAGAUAACAUUUUCUGCGCUCUUAGACUGUUUUUUUUCCUUCCUUUUCUGGUUUGUAAGUGACCUUUAUACUGCUUUUUCGAAUACAGAGAAAAACAAAAAUAUAUAUUUUCAAAUAAAAUGAUAAUAAAAGCAAAAAAAUAAAAAGAAAUAGACCUCUUCAGAACAGCAGAGCACAUGCACACCCACGUUUAAGCAUUCUGAUUGGGUGGCUCUGCUCGUCAUUUGAAGUGGUGGGCGUGGCCAUUACGGAUGGUGGCUUGUACAGUGUUUAUUUGCUAACUGUAAUACUCAGCAUUAGAGAGGCAAUACACCAUCCUUGUAUGUUUAUGAUGAGCUUACAGACGAGUCUAUCUGUACUCCAUUCAAUAAUUCAAAGCAUUUCACAAAACAACUACAUUUAGAUUACAGAUAACCAUUUUCCAUAUAUGUCUAACUUAAAAAAAUACUCAACGUUUUUUAUUUAUACACUAUCAAUGUUUAUCAAAGAUAAAAAUUUAUAGGUGUGUGUUUUGGGGAGUUAAGUUCUAUGUAGCUGUUUUUUGUUCUUUUAUUGUAAGUCUCUUCCACUUGUAGCCUUUGCUAGCAUUCAGAUUUUCCCUCAUUUGUUCUCAUUUAUAUAAACUACAUAUGAUUGUGUGAGUGAAAUCUUCUCUGCAAUAGCGAACCAAUGAGGUUAUGUUCAGAGAAAUGUUUUUGCUGAACUCCAGAAAGCUCCAGAGGCCUAAAAACCUUCACCUCCCUUUAAGCACAGGCCAAAACCACAUGCCCUGUUAGCGACUAUGCGCGCGUCAGCGAGUGUUUGCAAAAAUGUGUUAUGCAUAAGUGUUCGUGAGUUCCCCGUUUUCUGUCUUAGAUGAGUUUAGUCCCACCCUUGUUUGGAUAUUUUGGGGACAUUGGGAAAUAAUUUCCAUCCUUUGUGCAAAAAGCAGCACUAACUUUUUUUUUCUUUUCUUUUUUAAACGUUUAUUUGCUUUUCUAAUAUGGUCAUACUGAGAUGUAAUGUGUUUUGUACCAACAGCUACUGAGAACUUGAUUAAAGUAGAAAGGGUCAUUUGCUCCUUGUUCAGUUUAAAAUACAUAUUAAAUUUUUUAUUAUUUCUAAAAUGAAUGAUACUCCCCCCAUGUGCAAGGAACUAAAGAAUUAGUUCAUGCUUAAACUACCAUUCAAAGAUUUGGGGUUGGUAAGAUAUAAAUAAAUACUUUUUCCAAAUUGACAAUUAUAAGUAAUGUUAUUGAGCAGCAUAUUAGAAUGAUUUCUGAAGGAUCAUGUGACACUGAGGACUGGAGUAAUUGCUGCUGAAAAUCGCAGGAAUAAGUUACAUGAUAAAAUAAUAUACUAAAACAGAAAACGACAUUACAGUAUUAUUGUUUGUACUGUAUUUUUGAUCAAUAAACGCAUAAGAGACUUUAAGAAAUAUUAAAAAGUAUUAACCCCAAACAUUUUAAUGGUAAUAUUUUUUAAAAAACCCAUAUAGUAUGACUUUCUUACUCUGUGGAACACAAAAGGAGAUGCAUACAACAGCCCAAGCUUCUCUUUUCCAUUCUAUAGAAGCGGAUAGUGAUGUUUUUCAGUCAAUAAAAACUUACAUGUCAAUCUAUUCCUCAUAAAGCUGUCAUAACAGCCCUUGUUCCCCAUCCACUUUCAUUCUAUGGAAAAGAGCAGCUGUGACAUUCUUCUAAACAUCUUUUUGUUCUAUGGAAGAAAGUAAGUUAUAGAUUUCGGGGUGAUCUUUUUUCCCCUUCUAUUCUUUCAGCAGAUUUUAGGUUCCCUCAAAGAAAGAACCCUUUAUGUGUAUGUAUAUGUGUGUCUAAGUAUGCUAAUAUAUUUGAAUUUGUGUAAUGACGUUUUUGACUUUGAUUUUACGUAGUACAUGUUGUCGUAUGUACCGAGCGAAUGUUAAAUGUGCUGUACUGUGUUACGUGUAAGAAUCUGGAGAGCAUUCAUUGAGUCUGAAGGGUUGAGAAUCUCAGGACUGUGUGAAGUAGAUUCUCUGCCAGAGGAGUUCAGGCUCGGCUUCCAGAGAUUGUUCAGUUCCUGCUGUUCUGAACAGCACCCAGACACGGCAUACUGGUGCAGUUUUCACCUCAGGGAGUUUCCUCCAUCCUGACCACCAGGGCAUGUGUUCAUGAAGUAUUUCAGAUCCAGACAGCUGAUCUGGGGUCUGUUGCGUGUGGGGAGAUCUAGACCACACUCUGCUCAAAGUGCUAUGAGCGACUAUGAAGCUUGAUCCCGCCACAGACAUAUUAGCCCUUCACCUCUUUUUUUUUUUUUUUCCCCUUAAAUAUGAGGAUGCUUCAUUAGCAAAAUAAUUCUCCAUCUCCUCCUGUGUGUUUUUUCAAGUAUUAAACAAACGCACUAGAUUUGUUAGACACGUUUGACUUUUUAAUCGCUCGUUUGUCUCUGUAGAGACGGCGUGUAAAGGGCUUUUUUCCUUUUCAUUUUCUGUUUUAUUUGUUUGUGUCCUUUGACACGUCUUUUGUCACUUUGGUCUAACCGGUCUGCUUGAUCCUAGUGUGUGUGUGUGUGUGUGUGUGUGUGUGCGCAAGAGAGUGAGUGUGUUCUGAAAAAUCAGAAUGCAUAAAGCAAGUGCUGAGAAUGUUUCUGAUCUACCGUUUUGUACCAACUUUAAACAAAUAAAAUCUUAAAAAGCA